CACUAAUAUUUUGUUUGCUUGAGACUCUCGAAAUGGACGGCAGUGAUAGCGAGACCGAUCAGCCCACCCUCAGACCAGGAUAUCGGGGCCACAUCACGCUUGAUAACCUCUCACUCGAUGAAACCUCUGCUCUGGGCUCUGAUGACGGGCAACGAAGCAAGGAUCUUGGCGCUUCAGACUCUUCCGUCAUCAAUCCCUCAACCUCAACCGAUGACCAAGUGACAUCUUCUUUCCAAGAUCAUGACGACAGUGUUGACGAUGAUAUCUCCGUCGAGCUGCAUCGGUUAUCACUCCGAGCAGCAGUCUCGUCCUUUCAUGGUCAGGGUCAGGAGGGCGAAUCUAUCCUCUAUAACGACAUGGAUAUGGGCACUGUUCUGAGUCUGCGCGCAGAGGAUGCUCCACCGAUCCCAUUCUCCUCCCGUACUCCUGCUUCUCCCACUCCGUUCACCAGCGACCGUAGUGAGCCAACUCCAGCUGCCUUCAGAAAUCAAAGAAGCAAAUCUAGAAUGCCCUCAAAUGUGGUCUCGGCAAGUCACGAUAACCAGAAAGACAUGUUGACCGCCAUCAAUGCGAGACUGGAAUGUCUGGUUCGUUGCGCCAAGCAGCCUGAGUUUGAGAAUCGACUCAGGGAGCUUGACGAGGACUUGCAUAUACUGUUGCCAAGUAUACGAGAGGCUCGCCCACAUCCCUCUACCAGGCAGCAUUGGCACAAUCGAGGCGGUUUCUUCCUCGACUUACCCCUUGCAUACUUCUUACACCAUCGGCACAUGGUCAUAGCCGGAAAGGAUGUCAACAUACAGCAACUGAAGGAUUAUCUCGAAAUGGCUAGGACUUACAAGAAUACAAUGUCUACUGUUGCAGCAUUCCAAGCUCAGUAUGGAGAGACGAUCACAUGGCGACCCCGGGAUGGAUCUGUUGGAAUCUGGGCCAAACAGCAGAGGAAACAGAAUCACAGCGCCCAGUAGAAGCUGAGAUUCAUUCUUACGAGCUAUGAAUGUCCACCGUAUCGAG